CUAAAAAUGACAGUUCCGUGGCAAUCCGAUCGCCACGCCAGCGACAAUUUCCCAAACUACCUCUUUUCAUAUUGCCGUGCUUGGUGUUUGUGAACUUUUUACCAUAAACAAUGGAAAACGACGCUGGUGAAUUCGUUGAUUUAUACUGCCCCAGGAAAUGCUCUGCGAGCAACCGAAUUAUCCACGCAAAAGACCAUGCUUCAAUCCAGCUGAGUAUUGCCGAGGUUGAUCCCCAAACUGGAAGAAUGACCGACACCACUAAGAGCUACGCUUUGUGUGGGGCUAUCAGACGGAUGGGAGAGUCCGAUGAUUGCAUAGUCAGGCUAACCAAGAAGGAUGGAAUUAUUGCUAAGAAUUUCUAAGGAUUUAUUUGAGCAUGAGCGUAACCAGCACUUCUUGUACUUUUGUGGUUGAAUAAAUCUUUAUUUAUAAA